AAUUCAAACAACAACAUCGAGCUUAAGCGACAGAGCGAGCGCUGGAUGGACACCCUCCAAGUGCAGAAGGAGAACGUGGACGCCAACCUUGUCGGGAAUGGGGCUACUGGCAAGCUUCACUUUGGAGGCACAAACAAGUUAUCGACGCCGAAGCGCAGCUUCGUGAUCCAUGACGACUCCAAAUCUACUGGACAGAAGGAACUGAAAGACAGAUCGACAAAAAGCAGACGUGUGCUCGGUGAUAUCUCCAACAAGCAGCGGGGCUGCCACAAGGAUAGCAACGCAGCUGGGAUCGCAUCAACUAAGAAGGGUCUGGGUGGGCAUCCGAAGAAGCUCAGCUCCAGCAGGAGGACACCCCUGACACCAUUGAGAUCAAAGUCAGGAGCUUUAGAAACACCAAAAGCACGGGCUUCAUUAACUCCAAAAGUUCGAGCGACACUGAUCUCCAAGGGUGCAAUCAAGACGCCACGCGCUGAAAAAGUUCCGGAUAUCGAGUUCGCAUACGGUGGACUUUCGUCUCCUAAGGCAGAUUCGGCGUACAUGAAGGACUUGGGUGAUGAGAUUUGGCGAGACAUUUUGAAUGAUGAAACGCCGACGCUUUUUGAUGAUUUCGAUCUCACCCGCGCAGUCGAUGCCUGGGAUGAUAGCCGUGAGAAAGCCAUGCUGGAAAGUGGAGAACCUCCUUCUUUGUGGUGGGCUUCGCCGGAUCUACAGACGAAAAAGGAAACAGGAGAUUCGGAUACUAAACAGUCGGAGAAGGAAGAAGAGCAGGACGAUGAUCUCAAUGACCUGCCACCACCAGACAACCUUGGUGAAGAUUCUGUUGCCGACCUCGAUAAUGACGGAUUGCUCGAGGAUCUCCUCAGUGUGGACGUUGAAGCGGUGUGCAGCGAGUAGUAGUCCUCAAUUGCUUCGGAAACAUGCUCCCCGAACCUGCUGUAGUCUGUUUUAUAAGAAUUUCAUUUCAAGCGUAACCUAUCUAAUCGAAACCAACAUUUCACUGGUUGCCCAUCCGUGC